AUGAACUCCGGAAACUACUGGCAUCAGCAGGAAAGAAGCCGCAUUCAGGUAUCAGGCCCGAUGUCUCACACCACGGAACCGUCUCCGCCCGACGACAGAAGACUGGACUUCCAGGCCGUCUCGGACGAGAGUACGUUAACCGGGAAAAACGAAAGUGAGAGAGCUGGGGCUUGGAAGGUCGAUAGCGUGGUCACAAUCAAGCUUCUUGAACACCCCACCGACAGGACUGGUUAG